CAGGACUAGUGGGCCGGAGUCGUUGUGACGAAGCUUGUUGGCAGAGAAAGACGAGGAAAAGUCUUCAAGGUUCGCGUGAAAACUGUGUUAUUUUUGCGCAAAAGCGAGCCAGUCAUGGCUGGAUUUAACGAAGAUGCGCUCAAGAAGAAGCUGGAUGACCUCAACAUGUCGCAGCAGUCCAUUCAGACCGUGUCACUGUGGCUAAUUCAUCACAAGAAACACGCUCACACUGUUGUUAAUGUCUGGUACCGAGAGCUCGUCACAGCCUCAGAUUCCCGCAAAUUGACGUUCAUGUACCUGGCCAAUGACGUGAUACAAAACAGCAAGAAGAAGGAGUACAACAGGGAGUUUUGGGAGUUAGGGAAGUUUUUGACCACUUGGGGGGUUGCGGCUGGAUGA